GGCGCCAUCCAGCGCGCUUUCUAUCGUCGACGCUUGCCUGCAGGGAUGGAGCCGCUGUUCUCGCUGCCCGCGAUCUCCAAUGGAUACAUCUGUUUCAAGUGCAUCAGCGGAGCCCCCAUCGGCAUCGGCGACUUCGCCCGGCCGUUGGUCGCUGUGACCCCCACGGGGUGGAGCUGGACUCUUCAUGUCUGUGAGAGUGCCUUAACUAGAGCUCUCUCCGACGCUGGAUUCCAGGGCGGCGAGAUGAUCCUGGGCGGUGGCAGCCCUCACCCAUUG